AUGGUCGCAAUCACCAAGACAGCCAUUGGGGCUCUCCUCUCCGCACUCGCGCGGCCAGUCCUGAGCGCAACGGCAACGGCAAUCCGUGAUCUUGGACGAACUGUGGACGUGGGGAAUGUUACGUACUAUCUCCCUGGGACGCCAGAGACGACGGCAAAAGGACAGCAGGGGCUCUUUGGCCUGUCACCUGACACUGUUCAUCUCGUGCCAGUCACUCAUGUCGUCCUUAACAGCAGCAGCGAAUCUGACGAGCAGUCUCUUGACGCCAUUUUUGAAAGCUACGGUGCCGCGGAUGAUGUGUGGAGUACCGCAUUCAGCGAGUAUGUACUUGUGACGAACAGCAGCACAACCUCUCCUCCGUCGAUGGGCAGCAAUGAGUGCAGCCCCAGCAUCAUUUACACAAGUGACUGCUCGACCCUUGGAGGAGCUCACAACUCGCUCGCGCCAGGGCCAUACUUCGUCCAGGUCUCGCCAGGCGGCAUCCUUACUGUCUAUAAAGCGUACCGCGUGUACGCCGACAACGCAGGAGCGUUCUACUACGGCGUCUACCAGAACCACGAUGGAUCCUUUGACGUCCUGUCGUCUGCGUCACCACUGACCAAUGGUGGCGGGGCCGCAGCUGUCGCCGUGCCGAGCAGGCUAUACUUCCCCGCUCCUUCGGUAGAGAAGCCGCUCUCGGGCGUCCGCGUGGGUGUCAAGGACCUGUACGAUCUCAAAGGGCUCAAGACGUCUGGUGGUAGCCGGGCGUGGUUCGAGCUAUACGAGCCGGCGAACGCGACGGCCAAGAGCAUACAAUACCUGAUUGGUUUGGGAGCUGUGGUUGUCGGCAAAACACGGACUAGUCAGUUUGCUAAUGGCGAGGCGCCAACUGCGGACUGGGUCGACUUCCAUGACCCGUUUAAUGCGCGAGGCGAUGGCUAUCAGGAUCCGUCGUCUUCGUCGGCUGGGGCCGGGUCCGCCGAGAGCAACUACGACUGGAUCGACUUGAACAUUGGGUCUGACACGGGCGGUUCUGUGCGCGCGCCUGCGGCGGUCGGGGGUGUCUUUGGCAACCGCCCGAGUCAGUAUGUGAUGACGCUCGAAGGGGUAAUUCCGAUGAGCGCGUCCAUGGAUACCCCGGCGUACGUUGCGCGGUCCGCAGCUACAUUCGCAGCAUGGGGGAAGGCAUGGUACGGAGCCGGGAACGCCUCACUGCGGUCGUACCCAGAAUUCCCCAAGAAGCUCAUCUACCCAAUUGAUACGCCGGGCCUUAACACGACCGAAUACCCGUCGCCAGGCUUCUUUCCAACCUCAAAUGACGAGGCGCAAGCGCUCUACGACAAUUUCACCGCGGGACUCGAGGCGCUGCUCGGCACAGAGCGCACCGUGUACGACUUCUACACGGCGUACAAGGACGCCAACGGGCUGUAUCCCGUGGACCAGCUCGGCUCCGUGUGGAGCAUGAUGACGAGCUACGAGCAGUACCACAACGUCUUCUCGCGGCUGUCUGCGGACUGGGCGGUCUCCCACGGCGGCGAUAUGCCGUACUUUGACCCGCCAGUGCGACUAAACCGCGACUAUGGGCGCAACACGACGGCAGAGACGUUCGCCCAGGGCGUGGCAAACAAGACCGUCUUCAAGACCUGGCUCGAGACCGAGGUGCUCGUGCCCGAGCACGACUCGGCGCACUGCUCGUCCGCGCUGCUGAUCCAUCCGAUCUGGCCGGGCAAUCCGUCCUAUCGGGACAAUUACCCGGCGGGCAGCCCUGAGGAGGUCGGUAUAUACUUUGGGUGGAACCAGUACAGUAUUAGCCAGCUGGGUGGGGUGCCGGAGGUAGUACUGCCCAUCGGUCAGGUCAAGUAUAUGAGCCGGGUGUCUGAGACAGAGAAAUGCCUGCCGGUGGCGGUGAGCAUAAACGCUGCGGCCGGGUGUGAUUUUGUGCUGUAUGAUCUCGUGGAAGCGCUGGCGGAACGGGGCGUGAUAUUGAAGGAAGUCAAGACUGGGCCGGCGCUAGUGUAA